AUGAGAACGGCGACCUACAAAGAUACAGACCAAGCAGUUCUACAAUGGUUCAAGACAGCCAGAGACCAGAACGUUCCAGUGUCCGGGCCCCUUCUCAUCGCUAAAGCACAGGAGUUCGCUUCUCAGCUUGGCGAUGAGUUCAAGUGUACCACUGGGUGGCUCGAGCGCUUCAAAGAGCGCCAUAACAUAACAUUUAAACGUGUGUGCGGCGAAUCAAAGGCCGUAAAUGAGGGCACUGAUCAAAUGACAGAGUGGUCUUCCACUCUUCAGACCCUCUUAGGCGAAUACAGUCACAGUGACAUCUUCAAUGCCGAUGAAACUGGACUGUUUUUUCGUCUACUCCCCGACAAAACUCUCGAGUUUAAAGCUUGUGGUGUUCGGUGGCAAGAACAGUAA